AUGCCAAGUGUGGCAGUAAAACUCUACAGCGUAUUCUUCAAGUUCCUCUUGAAGCACCGUUUACAAAACCGGAUUCAAGCCCAACCCGACAAUAACUCCAACUCGUUUGGUAUCACUUCACGACCCGAAGAAUCCGUCGCUAACUCUAACCCUUCUUUUACCGACGGCGUCGCCACCAAGGAUAUCCACAUCGAUCCUUUCACUUCUCUCUCUAUCCGAAUCUUUCUUCCUCACUCCGCUAUUUCUCCUCCCGAGCCUCAUUCCAAACCUAACUCCAAACCUAAACAACAAGCUCCCGAACCUGGAUCUGUACGGAGAAGUAGCUAUGGUCCUCCGUUCAAGGAAGAGCAGCUCCGAGGGAGGAAUAGUAACGCUGUUGAGGGUUUGAAUUUGAUGGGAGCUGGUGUUGAAACCGGUGCCGGUUUGUACCAUGGUUACUCGCCGGCGUUGGAUAAUCGGCGGAGGAAAUUACCGGUGAUGUUGCAGUUUCAUGGUGGGGGGUGGGUCAGUGGUAGUAAUGAUUCAGUGGCGAACGAUUUGUUUUGCCGGCGGAUCGCCAAGCUUUUUGAUGUGAUUGUCGUUGCGGUUGGGUAUAGGUUGGCGCCGGAGAGUAGGUAUCCGGCUGCGUUUGAGGAUGGGUUGAAGGUGUUGAAUUGGUUGGCCAAGCAGGCGAAUUUGGCCGAGUGUAGUAAAUCUAUGGGGGUUGGUGGAGGAAGCCAUGGUGGUGGUGGUGGUGGGGAGUUUAACAAGGAUAAUCAUAGGCAUAUUGUUGAUUCUUUUGGUGCUUCAGUGGUGGAGCCUUGGUUGGCUAGUCAUGGAGAUCCAACAAGGUUUUCACUAUUUCAUUGUUCUAUUUCAUUUUUUCUAUGUUAA